AUGUCUCUGGCAACCUUACCCGCAGAGCUCCUACUCACCAUCGCGUCCUACCUCUUUGCGCCCUCCGACCUCCUCACCCUCCUCGUCCAAAACCGCUACACCUACUCCAUCCUCCACUCAACCCUCUACGCCAUCGACAUCUCCUACUGCGGCUGCUCGGCCCUCCUAUGGGCCGCCAGGCACAACCGCGUUGCGACGGCGGAGCACUCACUCGAGCACGGGGCGCAUAAGGUUCUCAGCGCCUCUUAUCGCAAGGAAAAUAAUUUGAUUACGGGGGGGGUUUUUUGGUCUCCCGGUGAUCUGAAGGAGGAGGGGGCUUCUGCCUUUAUCCCUGUGUUUUGUGGAAUUCCCUGUCCGUAUCCUUUUUCCGACUCGCCUUUCUCGCGUGCGGCGAAAGAGGGGAGUGUGGAUGUGUUGAGGUUGUUGAUUAGGUGGAAUGGAGGGAUUGUGCCUGGGGUCUUGGAGAGGACGAUUUGCCGGGGCAAGCCGACUGGGACCUAUGUGCCGCUAAUAUCGCUGGCAGCGGAGAGGGGCCGCCUGGGUGUUGUGAGGAUGUUGUUGGAGGAGUUCGGGAAGGAUAAAGGGGUGGAUGUGAAUGAGGAGGAUCAAAUCGGAAGAAAUUGUUUGGGGAGGGUGGUUGUGGGUACCUCUUUGUUCAGAGGGACGGGUAGAACUGAGGUGGGGGAAGGAGAACAGGAAGGGGAAAGAGGCGAGAUUAACAACAAGUGGAUAGCUGUCUCCCGUCUGCUGCUGGAGCAUGGGGCGGAUGUUAACCACAAGGAGGAGAAUGGGAUGACGCCACUGGCGCUUGCAGUCUAUUCCUCGAAAGCUCCAGAUGAUUGUGAACUUGUUGCGCGACUGUUGUUGGAGAAUGGGGCGGACCCGAGUCUGGAGGAUAAGCAGGAGAGGACGCCGUUGAUGCAUGCGGUGGUGAAGCAGGAUGUGUGGUUUAUUCGAUUACAACUGGAAUACGCUUCUAAUUGUGGCGGCGGUGGUAAAGGGAUAGACUUAAACAAGGGAGAUUUUAACUACAUGACACCAUUGAAUCAUGCCGCCGUGCGCGGCAAUGAAGUGAUAUUUCGCCUCCUUUUGGAACGGAAGAGAUCCAUCCGGACGCCGCCGACCCCAAUGGUAUACACCGUUGACAUGGGCAGUAGUGCGGCAGCACAAAAAUAUCGUUAA